ACGUUUUUCUAUAUAAUCACACCUUUCAUUCUUUGUUGAUGCAAACGGUUAAAGUAUGAAUGCAUCCACAAAUUCCGUUGCUGUUAAUACCAGCGCAGCGGAAAUUCCGGUUUGGAUAACGUACCGCAGUAGUUUAACGAUAUGGUUUAUUGUAAUGCUACUGUUUGCCAUCCUCGGGACAUUUCUCAAUUCCUUGUUAAUUUGUGCUGUCCUUUCGUCCAGAAAACUCCGCCGCGGAUCAGGAAUAUUAAUCCUAAAUUGCUUAUUUAUUAAUUUCGUUCUGUGUGGCAUCGAUAUGCCGAUUCUGAUAUACACAACCUACUUCGGUGAAUAUUACCAACACGCACCGAAAUACUUUUGUAAAUAUCUGGUAUUAUUUUAUUACUCCUUCGUCUAUACGGUCGACUGGGCCCAACUGGCUAUCGGCAUUAACCGGUUUGUCGCCAUCUUUUUUCCGCAUAUAUACACAAAGUGGACCACUCCAAAAGUGAUCAUUCCCAUGCUGGUCAUUCCCUACGUUAUUCCAUUUGCCUGUAAUCUCGUUAUGUUCUACGAUAUUGGAGCGCAUUAUCAAGCCAUGAAACCGUGGGGCGCUUGCGGUGUGAAGCCCCUUCCGCAUAAUAACACGUACACGGUGGUGGUGGCGUUAUGUGUGGCGCUGCCGGUUGCCGCGUUAGGUGUACUGUAUAUCACGAUUUUCGUGGUGGUCUGGUCGCGGUCGUUCACGUCGCAGCGACAGAUCGAAUCGGCGGAAGGUCAUCCCGUCGCCGUAGGGAAUCAGAGUGCGCUGUUCAGACGACGGUAUCGCAGUGUGAAGAUGCUUUUUCUAACGGCGGUGUGGUAUUCAGCGGCGCUGCUGCCGGCGCCGAUAACAUCCAGUUUUUUCUCCGCCGAGUACAACUCACAGCCGUUGCUGCAACUGAUCCUGAGGGGAUUACUGUUGGCUGUGUACGCCACUAGCCCGGUACGGAUGCAUGUUAAAUUAACCAUUCUUGAUCGCACCUGGUAA